UUCCCCUCCAGUUAAGUUUCUGGUGUCACUUAGGAAACGUCCCUCUGCAGAGCUGCAUUCCUGCGUGCUCUGGGAGGAGAGUGCCUGGGCUACACUGCCGCUGCCCUGCCAGGGGACGCAAAUCUUCCCUCUUGCAGCACCCGGCCCUCCCUGAGGUACGCUGCCUGGCCUUGCAACCCUCUGCUCAGUCCUUUGUUGCCUUCUGAUUCUGUCUUGGAAGAGCCUUGCCUGAAGAGGGAUAGUACUUUGAAGGAGAGACAAUGCUGGGGCUGCGCCUGCUGUGCUGGGCGCUGUUUCUGGGCCUGGCGAGAGGCUGUCCUGAGCCUUGUGACUGCAGCCAGAAGUAUGGCUUCCAGAUUGCCGACUGUGCCUAUCGAGACCUGGAGGCUGUACCGCCCGGCUUCCCAGCCAAUGUGACCACACUGAGUCUGUCGGUCAACCGGCUACCAGGGCUGCCCCAGGGUGCCUUUGGGGAGGUGCUGCUGCUGCAGUCACUGUGGCUGGCACACAACGAGAUCCGCAAGGUGGCUGUGGGCGCUCUGGCCCCACUGGGCCACCUCAAGAGCCUGGACCUCAGCCACAACCUCAUAUCAGACUUCGCCUGGAGCGACCUGCACAACCUCAGUGCCCUGCAGCUGCUCAAGAUGGACAGUAAUGAGCUGAGCUUCAUCCCACGUGAUGCCUUCCGCAGCUUGCGUGCCCUGCGCUCCCUGCAGCUCAACCACAACCGCCUGCACACGCUGGCUGAGGGCACCUUUGCACCACUUACCGCACUGUCCCACCUGCAGAUCAACGACAACCCCUUUGACUGCAACUGUGGCCUCAUGUGGCUCAAGACAUGGGCUCUGGCCACGGCUGUGUCCAUUCCGGAGCAGGACAAUGUGGCCUGCAUAUCACCCCACGUGCUCAAGGGCACCCCACUGAGCCGCCUGCCACCUCUACCCUGCUCUGCACCCUCUGUGCAUCUCAGCCACCAGCCCAACCAGGAUGGUGCUGAGCUGCGGCCAGGCUUUGUGCUGGUGCUGCACUGUGCCGUGGAUGGGCAGCCGGCCCCGCAGCUGCACUGGAACAUCCAGACCCCUGGUGGCACUGUGGAGAUCUCCAGCCCCAAUGUGGGCCCUGAUGGCCGCGCCCUGCCUGGAGCCCCAGCAGUGCCUGGGGGCUGGCCGCGCUUCCAGGCCUUCGCCAAUGGCAGCCUGCUCAUCCCCAACUUUGGCAAGCUGGAGGAGGGCACCUACAGCUGCCUGGCCACGAAUGAGUUGGGCAGCGCAAAGAGCUCAGUGAACGUGGCACUGGCCACCAUGGGUGAGGGUGGUGAGGAUGCACUGGGCCGCAGGUUCCAUGGCAAGGCAGUGGAGGGCAAGGGCUGCUACACAGUUGACAAUGAGGUACAGCCAUCCGGGCCCGAAGACAACGUGGUCAUCAUUUAUUUCACCCUUGAUGGGAACCCCAAGGCAGCUGUGGUGGGAAAUAGGGUUGCAGGGCAGUGGUGUCCAGGCCUGAUCCUGGUGCUGGCCCAGAUCCUGCUCCUCCUCAGCACCCACUUCUAGCUGAACCACAGCCCAGCCUGAGGCUGGCUCUGACCCUGUCUGUUUCUCAUAAGUGCCAGGGACUCUGAAUGGUGACUUCACAUUCUCCUACCUCCCUUCUAAUCUCUUCUGGGCACCCAAGGCCCCAGCUCCUAGACCUGCUCAAAAUGAGGGGCUGGUGGGGAGCUGGGUCCCAGAAACAACUUAGGGCCCAUUGCUGCUAACAAAGUCACUGGGGUCCUGGGCUGACAGUGGGGGCCAUGCAGUGGGGGCUAGACAGUAGGGCAGAGCCAGGAGUAGGCAGUGGGAGCCAAGGAAGGUGGCAAGGAGGUGGCUAUGCAGUCCCUGUUCUCCCCUGGCCACUGGUGCUCUCCACACCACAGGCUACAGAGCUCCUCUGACUCAUCCCGGACAGGCCUGACCUCCCUUUCCUCCCUUCUCCUUCCCAGUGCCAUCUGGCCUGGAUGCCCACCUGCCCUUUCUUCCCUCCAGUUUGUAUAUGCAGCCUGGCCUGCAGAGGGACCACCUGGGAUGACAAAGAAUAAACCACAUUUUUCAUGCU